AUUCCACAGGAUGCAGUGGGUAAAGGGACUGGGGCUGGGGCUGGGAGCUGCUGCCCUUUUUGCACUGGGGAUCAUCCUGGGCCACUUUGCCAUCCCCAAAAAUGCCAGCUCACCAGCCCCCAGCACCUCACCCUCCCAGGACCUGGAUCUGGAAAUUCUUGAGACCAUCUUGGGACAGCUGAAUGCCGACAGGAUCCGGGAGAACCUUAGAGAACUUUCCAGGGAGCCACACCUGGCCUCCAGCCCCCGUGAUGAGGCCUUGGUGCAGCUGCUGCUGCAGCGCUGGAGGGACCCAGAGUCAGGCUUGGACUCAGCUGAGGUCUUUGAGUACCAGGUGCUGCUGUCCUUCCCCAGCCAGGAGCAGCCCAACAGCGUGGAUGUUGUGAACUCCACUGGGGACAUCCUCCACACCUGCCGCCGGACGGAGGAGAACCUGACUGGGGAACAGGGGGGACAUGAUGUGGUACCACCCUAUGCUGCCUAUGCUCCCCCUGGAACCCCACAGGGCCUUCUCGUCUAUGCCAACCAGGGCACAGAAGAAGACUUUAAGAAGCUGCAGACUCAAGGCAUCAAACUGGAAGGCACCAUCGCCCUGACUCGCUACGGGGGUGCAGGGCGUGGGGCCAAGGCUGUGAAUGCUGCCAGGCAUGGGGUGAUCGGGCUGCUGGUGUACACAGACCCUGCUGACAUCAAUGAUGGGCUGAGACUACCCAACGAGACCUUUCCCAACUCCUGGCACUUGCCUCCCUCGGGAGUGGAGCGAGGGUCCUAUUAUGAGUAUUUUGGAGACCCCCUCACUCCCUACCUUCCAGCCAGCCCCUCUUCCUUCCGCCUGGACCUUGCCAAUGUCUCUGGAUUCCCCCCGAUUCCCACACAGCCCAUUGGCUUCCAGGAUGCAAAAGAUCUGCUCUGUAACCUCAAUGGAUCCUUGGCCCCAGAGGCCUGGCAGGGAGCACUGGGCUGUGACUACAGGCUGGGGCCUGGCUUCCGGCCUGAUGGUGACUUUCCAGCAGACAGCCAGGUGAAAGUGAGUGUCUAUAAUCGCCUGGAGCAAAGGAAUUCCUCCAAUGUCCUGGGCAUCAUCCAUGGGGCUGUGGAGCCUGACCGCUAUGUGCUAUACGGAAACCACCGGGACAGCUGGGUACACGGGGCUGUGGACCCCAGCAGUGGUACUGCCGUCCUACUGGAGCUCUCCCGCAUCCUGGGAACCCUGCUGAAGAAAGGCACCUGGCGUCCCCGCAGAUCCAUCAUGUUUGGGAGCUGGGGGGCAGAGGAGUUUGGGCUCAUUGGCUCCACAGAAUUCACAGAGGAGUUCUUCAGCAAGCUGCAGGAGCGCACCGUGGCCUACAUCAACGUGGACAUCUCCGUGUUUGCCAAUGCUACCCUUAGGGUGCAGGGGACACCCCCUGUCCAGAGCGUCGUCUUCUCUGCAGCCAAAGAGAUCCGCUCACCAGGUUCGGAAGACCUCAGUAUCUACGACAACUGGAUCCGGUACUUCAACCGCAGCAGCCCGGUGUAUGGCCUUGUUCCCAGUGUGGGCUCUCUGGGUGCUGGCAGCGACUACGCGCCCUUCAUUCACUUCCUGGGUAUCUCCUCCAUGGACAUCGCCUAUACCUAUGACCGGAGCAAGACUUCAGCCCGGAUUUACCCCACCUACCACACAGCCUUCGACACCUUUGGUUAUGUGGACAAGUUUGUGGACCCUGGCUUCAGCAGCCACCAGGCUGUAGCCCGGACAGCUGGGAGUGUGCUUCUCCGACUCAGUGACAGCUUCUUCCUGCCCCUCAAUGUCGGUGACUACAGCGAGACCCUCCGUAGCUUCCUGCAGGCUGCCCAGCAGGAACUUGGGACCCUGCUGGAACAGAACAACAUCAGCCUGGGGCCUCUGGUGGCUGCAGUGGAGGAGUUUGAGGCAGCAGCCAAAGCCUUGGGUCAACACAUAGCAACACUGCAGAAGGGCACCCCUGACCCCCUGCAGGUCCGGAUGCUCAAUGACCAGCUGAUGCUCUUGGAACGGGCCUUCCUGAACCCCAGAGCCUUCCCAGAGGAACGCUACUAUAGCCAUGUACUCUGGGCACCCCGCACAAGCUCCACAGCCACAUUCCCAGGCUUGGCCAAUGCCUGCUCCAGAGCCAGCAACACAAGCCCUGGAUCUGAAGCUUGGGCUGAGGUGCAGAGGCAGCUCAGCAUUGUGGUGGUGGCCCUGGAGGGUGCAGCAGCCACUCUGAGGCCUGUAGCUGACCUCUAACCCCAGCCAUCUUUCUCAGCUCUCCCUUUA